AACAAAACGACGUGCGACAUGCCUUUUGCUUUUUGAUUGACUUCGAGUUUCUUAUAUUCCUUUUCCUCUUCAACUUGAGUUAUUUGUUCAUAAUUGACAUUAAUUUCAUAUCAAAAGAGAUGAAAUUUCGUCAGGCAGGCGUUCUUCUUCCGCGUUGACGUGUAAAUUGAGCAAGAUUUAGUCAUGAACAGGAAACGUGGUGGGCCUCCGAAGGAGGUGCAAAACACAUGCUCACUCAUGCUGGAAGAGAUCCCUAAUAAGUUCGCGAAAGGAGCAGAUGGGCAGUCAAUUAGGGCCACUGAAAGUCAUGUGAUUGCUGCGUCCCAGCAAAAAGAAAACAUGAACCAGGGACAAGAUCGCCAAAAAGAGCCCAGUGGUGAAAUGACUGUGGAGAAAGAACCUCAAACAAGAAUUGUUUUGAAACCCGAGCAUCAAGUGAACUUCAAAGUCAAACAACUUCUCCCCAAAAUUUGCAAGAAGUACGGAAGACCUGAAGAUUUAAACACUACCCAAGGAAAGGCGCUUGUCAGUAUCGCAUCGAUGUAUCAAAAACUGAGCAAAGACCGCCUGUCAAGUAUCAUUUCGAACGUCAUCCAGUUCCUACCUGAUAAGCCUGACGCCGUAGACGCAUUUCUGAAAAGUGUAACUCCCAACAUUAUACCACACAAAAUUACUUUACACUGCAGUGACUGUCUGAACGAUGAGAUUCAGUCAUAUAAAUGUGUUAAGUGUGGUUCCUCUGCAAUUGCCGUAAAUCUACAAAACGACCUGGCAGACAUAAUUAAAAACCUGUUUGAGCACCAUCACCUUUACAACUUGAUCUCGGAGAGCAAGGGUCAGCACCUCAUCAAUAAUGAAGAAGUUUCGGACGUUUGUGACUCUGACAAGUACAGGAAGUUGUCAAAAGACAGAGGGCCAUAUGACCUAUCGCUUGUGAUCAAUACGAGUGGCCUUUCUGCCUUUGGAAGUCCAACAGCAAAAGUUUGGCCUUUAUUUUUCACAAUUGCUGAAGUCCCCAUUCAUCACAGGAAGCGAUUCGUCAUGCUUUCAAAUUUGUGGUAUGCUCCCAUCCAGAAACCAAAUCUGAAUGAAUUCAUGGGACCAUUCGUUGCUGUGAUUAAAAAUCUCAAGACUGUUGGUGUUAAUUGGACCCACCCUGAGACUAAGGAGCUACACAACAGCAAGAUUUCUGUUCACUUUUGUGUAGCUGAUGCCCAAUCAAGGGCAACCCUGAUGAACCUGAACAAGCCCAAUGAACUUUUCGGAUGCUCUCGAUGUGAAAUUCCAGGUCAAAGAGGCAAGUAUAACGUAAUUUAUCCUUACUCUGAAACUUCUUUUCCUACAAGGACAAGUGGAAACACCCAAGAGCACUCUUUCACCCUGCAGCAAACGUCGUGCCCAGAGGAGGUACAAAGGAGAAUGAGUGUCGGUCUGCCUGACCUUAGUUGCAUUCUCGGAGUGAAGGGCACUUCUGCUAUGACUCACCUCCCCGAAUUCAAUCUAGGAAGAGACCUUCUGCCAGAUUACAUUGAAACCUGUCUUCUGGGAGUUGUCAAGAACCAUUUGAAGGUAGUGUUUGACCCUGCUAAUUCAGAGCAAGAGUUCUACAUUGGAGAUGCAAAAACUUUGAAUAAAAGACUGAAAGAAAUUGAAAUUUCUUCCAUCAUAGGAAGUCCGCCAAGAGAUUUUUUGUCUGUGGACACCUGGACAGCCAAAGACUUCAAGAACUGGCUCCUCUACUUUAGUUUACCUUUCUUCAAAAGCAUUUGGUCAGAGAAGUACUAUCGUCACUUCAGAUUGCUUGUUAUUGCUACGUACACUCUCUCUAAAACCAAAAUCAACUUGGACGAACAAGCCUUUUGCUUUGAAGCUAUCACGGAGUUUCGUUCUUGCUAUGGAGAUCUGUACGGAAGUGAGAGAGAAUCGAUGGAAGUGCACAUGCUGUCUCAUCUUUGUUCUUCAGUAUAUCGCUUUGGUCCUCUGUUCUCCCACUCAGCCCUGAUGUUUGAGGAUGCGAACAAAAUCAUUAAGCACAGAAUUGGAACUGCACCUAAAAAGGUGCACCAAAGACUUUUGAAGAUGGCAAAAUUACAACAUUCUUUUCAAACACUAACAUCAGUGUGCGAUCCUAAGACAAGAACUUUGUUUCUGGGACAUCCAAUUCCUCAUUCAAGCAUUCCUGCAGAAAUCCUCGAACUGGUUCGAAGACUGGAAAAUCAUUCGAGUGUCAUAUUCUACCACUCAAUCAACUUCAGAGGGCUGAUUCUUACCUGCUCAACUCGCACCCAAGACACCAACUCAAAUUCCAACUUUGUCCUUUACAAAAACAAGUCCCAGUUGAAGGCAGCCAAUGUCUUGUUCUUCUGCAAGCUACAGUCCAAAUUUUCCAGCGAAACUCUAAACAUCUUUGUGGGCAGAGAAGUGAAGCUCUCUGAACUCAAGGGCAAAACCGUUUUUCAAAAGUACGAAGAAGAAAAGGAAAUUGUCUGGAGCCAAAUCUUUUUCAUUGAAUCACCACUGAUCAACAUUACUAUUCCACCAAGUGAAAACUAUUUUGGCGUCAAAGUGAUGUGUGUCCCACCAAAUUUAGAGGACAUCUAAGCCAAUAACAGACUGGUAGUGAAAAUAGUCAUAUACUUUUUAUAAUUCAGCUGAUACUUUAAGUAUGAAUUAUCAAAUAAAUUUUUACAUAAAACUGA